UUAGUUGCUACAGCACGUUGUGCUGAGAUGUUUCGUUCCGGUUCGUUUUCCUCAAAUCUGUUUGAUUCGGUUUCCGUAUCUUACAAUUUUCCAUUACCACAAAAAAAAUCAUGUUUCUCCAAAUUAAGCGAAUAAAACAAAAAGAUUUCAAUGCAAAUUUCUCAAUAAUUUUGAAUUUGAAAUUUUUAAUUUAAAAUUUCUUUUUAAUCCCUUUUUUUUUUGAAAAAAAAGUGAAUAACUUUUCAAAAGAAGGAAAAAAUUGUUUUUGAAUUUUAAAAAAAAUGUGAUAACAAAAAAUUUGUAGGUCACUGAUGGAGGUUCGUAAUUUUGAGUUUUGACAUCCUUAUACAAUAUAUAUAAAUGCGAGUCGUAAAAUAAUUAGAAAGAUUUCGAAAAAAUUGUAUUUCAAAUUAACCGAGUGAACGAUCAUGGUGAAACGAUUUAUGAGGAUUUUGAUGAUAAUGAUUGCAUGGACGGUUGAUUUUACCGCAGCCGGAAGUUGCAGAGCUGCGAAAUUAUGUUGCCAGGGUCGGGAUUCCGGAUGUGUGAUUCAAAAAGCAUCUCCCAAUGCUAUAAUCGAGAGUCCUCGUGACACUCCGUGUUAUUGUGACCACGCUUGUUUGAAACUCAACGAUUGUUGUAAUGAUUUCAAAGAGGCUUGUAACGUUUUGGAUUGCAUUGUAUCGGAAUGGGGCGAAUGGUCAGAUUGCAGUAACAAAUGUGGAAUUGGAGUUCAAACCAGAACUCGCGCUGCCCUUCAACCGGAUCAAAAUGGAGGGAAGCAUUGUCCACAAAUGGAGCAUUCCAGAUCUUGCCAGAGUUAUGAUGCAUGUCACCGGAAAAGUCAUUUGCAUCAUAACCAAGAGGUAGCUCUUGUUUCACCUGCCAUGAGACCGAGUCCCAGUCAGAAUUCUAUCCGGAAAGUUACUCCAGGACACUGUGCCAUUUUCACCAUUCUAUGGGUCUCCAAAACUUGUAGUCGAGAGUACGCACCACUCACCGAAGGAUCACACGCCUGUGUCGUGUGUCGGGAGGAUGGAAAUAAGACAAGAUGUCACAAUAAAGGAAACACACACGAUCUUACUGGAAUUGGAAGGUGGAAAUUGUCAACGACAACGCACGAAAAUUGUCACGGAAAAUGGAUAGGAGGUUCUACAAUGCACACAAAUUGUGAUUCAGUUGUGUGUCAAGACGAUCUCUUUUUUACAUUUGUUUAAUAUUCACAUUUUAUAUGAUUAAAAAAAAAAUUUCAUUUUUUAAUCAAAAAUUUUUUUUCAUUUAAAUAAAUUUAUAGAAUUCAGUUUAAAAAAUAUAAUAAAAUAAUUUUACACAUAAGGAAAUUAAAUUUAAAACAAUUUAAAAACUUAAUUUUCAAAUAUUGCAUUUUUUUUAUUUUUAUUAAAAACUUCAAUUAUUUAAUAAGAUAUUUUUAAAAAUCGAAAAAACGACACCAAUUAUAGAAAAUAAAUGGAUAUAAUAAAAAAAAAAGAGGUUUAACUUUUUGUGUAUAUAAAAAAAAAAUAUGGAUUAAAAAAAAGCAAUUACUGGGUACUAUAUAUAAAUAUAUAUAUAUUCUCUGUACAUACGUAUGUAUUUUAUUGUAAUAAUAAUUGACACACGCAAUUUCAUGAAACUUGUGUAUUACAUACAUGAAGAGAAACAAAUUUCAAAAAGUAAAAAAAAAAAUUAUUAUUAAAAAAAAAUUGACUGAUGCACUGAAGUGUAGUAAAAUAAUCACACACAUAUCAGUAUCGAUUAUUGAUUAACCAAUGUCAUCGAGAUUGUAUGGUGCUUCAUAAAAAAAAAAAAUAAAUAAAUAAAAAUAAAGUGUAUUUGAGCGCAUAAACGUGUUGUG